UCGAUUUUUCUAAAAAAAAAGAAAUAUGUUAAAUCAUGUGAAUCUGACCAUCCACUAGUUUAUCAGAGUUAAAUUGAUAGAUCCUUUAUUAUCAGAAAAACUAUUUUAAACACAAUAAUGAUGAUAAUUAGAAAUCGUAACUAAACACUUCAAAAAUCCAAAGGUUCAACAAGAUUCCUCUAAUCUCACUCGCGAUUUUCCUUAUUGAUAAAAUCAUUUAUACAAAGUUUUAUAUCUCCAAAUUUUGUAACCCAUCUAAACAAGCUUAUAGACUUUAGAUUAAAAAAAAUUAGGUUGCAACAGAACAAAAUCUAAAAGGCACCUUUAUUUGGAAAAAGUUAGUAGACGAGCCGAAAAAAUUUAGUAUUUUAUUCUACUUGGUGUAUGAAAUUUUUUAUUUAAUAAAGGAUAAUAAUACAUUCAGUCGAUGCUUCUUCCUAGAGGUCAAAUUAUAGAAAAAAAGGUAGUCUGAAAUGGACGAUGUCCAAAAGUUUGUCAUGAAUACUUACCAAAGAUAUCUUAUCCCUUCUCGACAAGAUCAUAGCUUGAUACCCAAGCCUCUUGAUAAUUUUAAAUCGUUCCAUUCCAAUUGCAACAACUUUAGUGACAACAUGAGCAUUAACAGUUAUAAUAAUAGUAACAGUAAUUGCAAUAACAAUCCAGUAACCCCUCAUCCUAUUCGUCAAAAUAAUGAAAGUAUGGGAGGGAGGCCAUCGGGUGUGGGUCUUGAUGUCUUGCCUCCUCACCCCUACUUCUACUACCAUCAUUAUAUAUACAACCUCUUGCAAAGACGAUAUCCUUCUGUAGGCUUGACCAUUAACGAUAACCAUACUAUGUCCAUAACUCCCACACCUAAGACAUCCUCUCCAUCCCCAUUUUUAUUCAUCCAAUCACAACAACAAAUGCAUAAUUAUUCACAAAUGAUACCCAUGUCAUCUUCUGACAUAACUAACUUUGAUGAAGAGCACAAUGAGGAUGAUGUAGGAGUUGGGGGUCAUUCUUUUUACUCUCUGCCACUCAUUCGUUCUCGCCCUUGUAUAAAUUCCUAUACGAUUGGUACUGACCAAAAACUUAACUAUCGUAAUAAUAACGCAAAAAAUAAACACGAAAGUAACGAAGAUUUCAACGAUACUGAAAAGGGAAAUACUUCUGGAACAGUAAUAGGUAUAGGGCGGAAAAGUAACAUCCAAAGGAGUAAAAAAAGAGAAAGAAGUCGAACGCCUACUAUCAGUCCCGCGGAUAAUGUUUACGCUUUUGAGGAGCCUCCUGAUAAACGAGGCAAUAACUAUUUUUACGAUCAUCAAUCUCCGCUGAAACUCUCAUUUAAAACCGAUCAAUCUGAUCUAAAACUCAAAAGUCCAGCCAAAUGUCCCGUAUGCCAUGGUCUUUGCAGCGAAGAUAUCCACAAACAUUUUAUAACCGAGAUGGAAUUGUUCCUCAGUUUUUUUUUCUACGAUAAAGAAAACGAUUCGAGCAAUCUAGCAUCAAAUUACGGAGCAAACAAUCAUCUCAGAGUUAAAUUCAAACAAGAAUCCGACUCAUUAUCGGAGAGUGUUGAAACAUCCUCAAACCCUCAAGACCCCCAACUAGACACAUUUGAAUCCAUGACCAACCAAGUUAAUUAUACCUUCAAAAAAAUCAAAAACAACCGCGUGGCAAGAAUGAAAAGAAACUACAUGCUAUCCAAGAGUUAUGAAAACACAAUUUUUUUCGAUAAGACAGACCACACCAUCUCCUCCAUUCUAAAGAGCCCUCAGCCUAGAUCUGUUAGAAGCGGUUCCAACAACAAAUUAUCAAGUUUUGAUGAAGGGCCGCUCAAAACAGAAAAUGUUUGUCCGAUUUCUGCAAAUAAUAUAAAUAUUUAUACUAAUGAUGAACAAUCGAAGACUAGCAAAAAUAAUCAAAAAUCACCUUUAAAAAACGAAAAUUUUUCUGAAAGCUUUUCGAUGAUCAAGACUUGCUCUGAUAAUUACAGAAAUGGUGACAAAGAUGGAUCCUAUGAAAGGGAAAGUCUAUCAUUAGAGCGACCCGAAUCUGGAGGUAUAAACCAUAACAAUGAUAUAUUGUCAGCAUCAAUAUCUAACCAACACGAUAAAUCACCUAAAAUAUUGCCGAAAAUUAUCAUUGAUCAAGAUGGAAAGACUUAUAUAGAUCAAAAUAAAAUAAACAAAUAGUUAAAUGUCAUAACUACCGAGCCAACGAGCAAGAUGAACCUCUAGCAUGGCUGAAGCAAGUGAAAAGAUUCUACAACCACUUAGACCUAAAUAUAUGAUUGCAACAGAGUUAAAAUUGAUCAAGGCAAAUUAUAUUUACUUGUUAUAAAUAUAUAUAUAUAAAUGUCCUCAGGGGGUGAAUCGUGAAAGAAUUAAAUUGAUUAUUGUUAAUUUUUUUUUAAAUAUUAGAUAUCAUCAAAAAAAAUUCCUUAUAACUUUAUGAGAAAUCCAAAAAUUAACAUUGUUUAUAAAACUGUUUGUAAUAUUAUUUUAUUUGAAAAGGGUAAUUUACUUGAAAAAUAAAAUUUUGUAACAUUUUACCUAGAUAGUGUCUUUCUCGCACUUUUGCUAUAUUAUAUUGUUUUU